AGUACGGUUGGCAACACUUAGGAAACUACCGAUAUUUGUCGCUGUUGCAACGUGGUUGUGUGGUUGAGGAAAAUCUAAGGGGAGAAAUCCAAGUUAAUCGUUAAUUAAAUUUCUUAGUUUUUUUAAGAAACUUAACCUUCAAAAUGGUACAGAGGAAAAUCAAAGGGAAAAAGGGAAAGAAAAAGGUUGCAGCAGCUCCUUUGGUUGCAAAAAAAAUUGAAGCAAGAAAAACUGUAAAUCCUUUGUUUGAGAAACGGCCUCGUAAUUUUGGAAUUGGACAAGAUAUCCAACCAAAGAGAGAUCUUAGCAGAUUUGUUAAGUGGCCUAAGUAUAUAAGACUUCAAAGACAACGGGCUGUUUUAUAUCAGCGUUUAAAAGUUCCUCCACCAAUAAAUCAGUUUACUCAAGCACUUGACAGGCAAACAGCUACACAGCUAUUCAAGCUCUUGGAUAAAUAUCGACCUGAAACUCCUCAAGCUAAAAGGGAAAGACUGCGUAAGCGAGCUGAACUGCGUGCUCAAGGAAAAGAAGAUACUCCUACCAAACGCGCUCCUGUUGUGAGACAGGGUGUCAACACUGUAACAAGCCUUGUUGAACAGAAGAAGGCUUUGCUCGUUGUUAUUUCUAAUGAUGUAGACCCUAUUGAGUUGGUGCUGUUUUUACCAGCUUUGUGUCGAAAAAUGGGUGUACCAUAUUGCAUAGUGAAAAACAAGUCAAGGCUUGGACGUGUUGUGAGAAGGAAAACAUGCACUUGUCUUGCUCUCAGUACAGUUAACUCUGAGGAUAGAACUACGCUUAACAAGCUUGUAGAAUCUGUGAAAACUAACUUCAAUGAGCGUGCUGAUGAGAUUCGUCGUCACUGGGGAGGUGGUAUACUUGGUGCUAAGUCUGCUGCUCGUAUCAAUAAGCUAGAAAAGGCUAAGGCUAAGGAACAAGCACAAAAAGUUGGAUAAACUACAAUAUGUAUGAAAGAAAAUAAAUUAAAUAUCAAA